GCUACUUUUAACCUUUCCUGUGAGAACCAGUUAAGGCAGAGGCAAACAACUUUUCCACGAAAGUCCCUGCCUGUGAGUUCUGCAGGAGGAUGAAACGGUGUCCUUGUUCUCGCCGUGCUGCUGUGUUUCUGUGAUGAAACACACCUGUGGUCAGGUGAAGCGGAGCCAUGCUACUGAUUUCGCUGUUGUCGCUGAUGUUGAUUGGCUGGUGUGCUGGGACACCUGCAGGAAGAGAGGUUUACAGGAUGCCACAGAGCGCACUCAAAGCUCUUUCAGAUAGGGGUACAGUGGUGUUGGAGGCAGCAUUAUCACGUGCUCUCUCUGCAGUGGAUGGAGCCACAGCUGAGAGGAGUAAAGCUGAGGCUGGCUGUAGAGGCUGCAUUCCCUGUCUGUUUCAGAACUGCGGACAGCGUUUAGGAGCAUGUGCGCCUCCAGAGUCAUUGCUGAUGGAGCCAAGCUGUGACGUGAUCAGACGUGCUCAGAGUGUGUCUGAUGAGGGUGAGAGGAGCUGGGCACUGAGCCAGGCAUGUGGCUUCUACAGACGUCGCUGCUCCACCACAGAGUUAAACUCUGACUCCUGUAUCAGAACCAUGGGGGAAAGCUGCAGCUCCAGAGUGUUAGAAUGCAGUCUGCUAAAUACCAUGCAGAAUCUAGAGCCAGUCACACAGACCAGAACACAGGCUGUAUGUGGUCAGCGGGGAUCUGUGGGACGAAACCUGACCCAGCCUCGCUCUAGGAUUGUGGGUGGCUCUCCAGCACCCCCUGGCAGCUGGCCAUGGCUGGUGAACCUACAGCUGGAUGGAGCUCUGAUGUGUGGGGGAGUGCUGGUGGACAGCUCCUGGGUCCUUACUGCUGCCCACUGCUUUGCGGGAAGUCGCAGUGAGAGUUACUGGACAGCUGUGGUUGGGGAAUUUGACAUCACUAAGUCUGACCCUGACGAGCAGGUCUUGAAAGUCAAUCGUAUCGUCACACACCCCAAGUUCAAUCAAAAAACAUUCAAUAAUGACAUUGCCCUGGUGGAGCUGAGCUCUCCUGUGGUUUUGUCAGAACGGGUAACGCCUGUCUGUUUGCCCGCUAACAUUGAGCCGCCAGCUGGGACACCCUGUCUGGUGGCUGGAUGGGGUUCCCUGUAUGAAGAUGGUCCGUCGGCUGAUGUGGUAAUGGAGGCAAAGGUUCCUCUAUUGCCUCAGAGCACAUGCAGAAGUGCUCUGGGUAAAGAGCUGCUCACCAACACCAUGUUUUGUGCUGGCUACUUGUCUGGGGGCAUAGACUCUUGCCAGGGGGAUUCUGGUGGGCCUCUAAUCUUUCAGGACCGUAUUUCUGGACGGUUCCAGCUAUACGGGAUCACCUCGUGGGGCGAUGGCUGUGGAGAGAAGGGCAAGCCAGGUGUAUACACCCGUGUCACAGCCUUUACUGACUGGGUCCUCAAUGAAAUCCAGAAGUCUGUUGGGAGCAGGGAGCCCACAUGUCUAGAGCUUCUGAAGACAUCUGAGCUGUCAGAGGAGCAGCAGGAGUCAGAGUUCACCUCACUGUGUCGUUUCUACACCCUGAGCUGCCCUUCGACUGUUGACACUGCUGCAUGCCAGCGCUUAGCACAAGACAAGUGUCAGAGCCGCUUCAAAAAGUGCCAGCUGCGCUCGUUCCUGCAGAGUCUGUUAGAUCUGUUGCAGAGGGCAGAUGAUUACAUCAGAGACAAAGUGGACCUGACCUUCUUCACUCAAAGUCUUCCUCAGCUGGUGGAACAUGUCUACAGUUCUGCAGUCACCACACGGACACGUAGACACACCCCUGAAGCAGAACAGGUAGUCUCCUCCUCCACACCUGCUGCCUCUGCCUGGAAGCUGCCAUGUGUAUUUGAGCAGGUGGGCCCUCUAGUGGAUGACUGGGAAAAAUACCUCAACAGCAUUGCUGAAGAUCUAGACCAGCAUGACAAACUCGUAGAGGCCAAGAAGCACCCUAAAGAGGAACAGCUCUUCCAAGAGGGCAAAGAAUCAACCCUUCAUCAGCUUGAGGGGGAUCUGCGUUCCAACAUUGAUGAUCUCCGCUCCAAACUGGCAUCUCGCCAUGCUCCUCAGCCGAAUGUACGCUUCUCCUGGACGGACUUUGUCAUUUCAAGUAGCGAAUCUAAAUUGGCUCCCAGCAGAACAGCCUGGCCCCUGUCAGAUCCACAAUCUAAGCAGAGCAAACUCUCAGUUGACAACUGGAGCACUCUGAUGCUUCAGAUACUCAGUGAAAUAGAGCUGGGAAAUCAGAAAGGCCAAGGGAGUGACGCAGGAAGUCUGUUGAGCACCAUCGUUCCUGAACGUGGUUCAUCCCUGAAGUCUCCAUCACCCAGUGCUGAGAAAAUGACUGCACAAUCUCAGGAGAGCUUUGUCAAAGGAACUCAGUCACCGACAUCUUCUGAUUCCCUAAGGGAAGAAAGAUUAACAGUUACAAGUUCGACUCCUACGCCGCUUCCUCUGCUUUCUCAGCUGUCCUCCAGCAGAAAGAAAAAUGAGCUUCCACAAAGGAGGCGACGGAGACGGCUACAUGAGAGGCAGAUGCGUGGAGUGAGCAGCACAGUAUGUCCUGGAGUUGCUGAGUCAGCACAGCAGGUCGUUGUUACCAAGGAGACAUAUAGCUGGAUCUUAGACAUUGCCCCUACUAACCUUAAUAUGAACUUCCAAGAGUUGCUGGUUGACCUCACCACGAAAAAUGAACGUGGUCUUUAUGAGGCACGGGUCAAGGCGACUGUGGGCGGACGACCUUUGACGUUUUACAGUCUCGUGGGCUUGGAGAACGAGUCGUUUUAUCGGAGCAUGCCACGCAUCAUUGCUCUCGCGCUUGACGCACUUAAAACUUAAACCACACCAGAAACAAUCAUAUGUCACUCUGCGAUGACCGCUCUUCAGUCGGGACACAGAUGAGUGGUGGAUGUAGGCUAAUCACCAUUCCACUGGGUUAUGCAUUGUCUGGAUGCUGUAUAAGCUCAGUGGGGAACGUGGCUGAUGGCGACAGACAGCAGCAUCUUCCACUUUGUGAUUUGCUGAUUGCAAACGGGCUGCAUGUUCAGUGGAUGGAAAUGUGGUGUCCAGUGAUGCUGAUAUGUCGUACAUAAUCAUGCUGUCGUAUGCUUGGAUGUCUGGUUCUAGGAAGAAGUUUUAAUUGGUAUAGAACUUUGCAUUAUGUGGAAGGUUCUUCUCAGGCACAUAUUUAUGCAAAUCGUACUUUAUAAAACCUUUGAAAGGUUCUUUAGAGAACCAGAAGUGGAGAGAGGAAAAUAAGUGUUAUAGUGUCCUACGUUUCCAGUGUCACCGUGGAAACUUUUUUUUCCGUUAAUGUACUGAGAGACCUCCCCAGGCAGGUGCUCACUGGGUGAUGUGACCAUCUUGACUGGUAUGCUUAACUUAUUCUUUGGAACCUCCUGUCGAACGGGACUGGAAGUGUUCAUUUUUUUAUUAUAUAUUUAUUUGUAUAGAAAUGUUGGAUUUGUAUUUUUGUAAAA